AUGGCGGCAGACAAGAAAGUCGUUCUGAUUACUGGAUGUUCUGACGGCGGGCUGGGUUCAGCACUUGCCCUUAGCUUCCACAAAACAGGCCACCGAGUCAUCGCGACAGCCCGAGACCUAUCCAAGCUCUCCGAGACCAAGAAUGCCGGUAUCGAAGAACUACAACUCGACGUAACCUCAAGCGAAUCGAUAGCAAAAUGUGCAGAGAGCCUCACCAAAAUCACUAACGGCCGCUUGGAUCUUCUCAUCAACAAUGCAGGUGGAACUGACAAUUUUCCCAUGAUGGAUACCGAGCUGGACCAGAUGAAGAAGCUGUUUGACCUGAAUACCUUUUCCUUGGUGUCUACCACGCAAGCAUUUCUACCUCUUCUCCUGAAGACGCCGAACGCGAAAGUAAUUAACCACAUCUCCAUGGCAGCCUAUAUUGGUGUUCCCUUUCAAGGCGGCUACAAUGCGUCGAAGGCGGCCGCGAAUGCGCUUACUGAGACGAUGCGCCUAGAGCUCGCACCUUUUGAUGUUCAGGUCAUAGCUCUGAUGACAGGGAUGGUCAAGUCUAACAUCUUGAACAAUCGUGCGCCCAAGAAAUUGCCCGAGAAGUCUAUCUACAAUGUCCUGCCUGGAGGGCUCAAGGCGAUGUAUGCUGACGGAUCACAUUUGUGGACGAAGAACACACCUGAUGCUCAUACUUGGGCUGAUCAAAUGGUCACGAAGAUGUCGCGAGUACGGUGUCCAUACAUCAUUUGGGGUGGAGAAAGUGUCAAUGUACUCCGCCUCACGACUCAUAUGCCUGUAGGCACGUUGGAUGGUACACUUAGGAAAAUCUCGCAGCUGGACGAAAUCGAGAAGGCAGUCAAGAAAAGAUGA